AUGUUCAAUUAUAGUUCAUACGAGGAAGAAAUUAAUCACCCUCAGUAUCGCACAAGAGUGAGAUAUUAGGAUACAGGGAUCUAACGAAAUCUGAAUGGAUAACUUGAUGUGACAUCUUUUUUGAUGGCUGUAGAAAUAUAGCGUCUAGUUGCUGAAAACACAGAACUCAAAAUUUCCAUUAAGCAGCAGAGUGAUUGUGGAUUAGAUAGAGUCAAUUAUGAGAUGCAAAUAAGAGAUCUGAUGGAAAAACUACAACAAUUGCAGCAGGACAAUUAUUUAAUCGGCAAUGAUAAUGAGAGACUGAAAAAACUAAUAAAAGACCUUGAAGGAUCAUUAUCACGUUAUGAAAUUUAAUUGCGUGAUUACGAUCCGAAUUGGAAAAAAGAAUUAGAACAAUAAAAAAAACAGCUAGUACAAUUAUAAAAAAAGAUUGGAGAUGAUGAUGUAGAUGAUUUGAGGUCUCAAUUAAGCAAAUUAAAAAAGAAGUUAGGUGAUUAUGAGAAAUAGUUUGGUGGCAAAAGUCCAGAAGAAUUACAAAGAAUGUUGGAUGAAUUGUAAAGGAAGUCGAAAUAAUUUGAUGACCUCUAAAAUAAAAUUGGGGGUAUGGAUCCUGAUACUUUAGCCAAGAAACUCAAAGAAUUAGAGAAAUUACAGAAAUCAUUUGGUGGAAGUCCAGAAGAUUUAUUAAAAGAAUUAGAAAGAUUAAAAAAAAAGGCAAAAGAAGCAGAUGAUCUCAAAAAAGAAUUAGAUAAAUAAUUAAGAGAGAAUGACAAAUAGAAAAAUGAUCUAGAUGUUCUUGAUGAUCUAAGAUAAAAUGCCUAGGAUUUGCAAAUGGAAAAUGGGUAUUUAAAUUAAUAAUUGAAUGAUUUGAAAAAUAAAUUAAGAGAUGCAGACCAAUUAAGAACAGAAGGUGAAUAACUUAAAGAAUUAUUAAAGAAAAAAGAUCAAGAAAUAGCAAUAUUAAAAAAUUAAUUGGCUGAUCAAUAAAGAUAAUUACAAGAUACUCAACGAUAACUGUAAGAUAGUCAGAGAUAAUUGCAAGAUUAAUUAAGAUAGUUAGGAGAUUUGCAAUAUAAAAUAAGAUAGGCUGAAUAAGACAAAUUGUAAUUAUAGUCAGAAUUGAACAAUUGUUUGGAUGAAUUAGAUUCAGCAGAUGGAUAAAAGGAAGUAGCAACCCAGUUAAAAGAUGAAAAUGAUAAAUUAAACUAGGAAGUGGAUCAAUUAAAUGAAGAUAAAAAUAGAUUAUCUAAUGAAAAUGAUGAUCUCAGAAGUAGGUUGAAUGAUUUAAUGAGACAAUUAUAAGAUAAAGAUAAUAAGUUAAAAGACUUAUAGUAAGAUAUAAAUAAAAAGAAUUCAGAAUUGAAGGAUUUGGGUAAUAAAUUAAAAGAAGCUAAUGAGAAGAUUGAAUGGAUUAAAAAUGAAUUCGGAUUAACAGAUGACGAUUUGGAUCCAAAAAAAAGAAAACUUAAUAGUAAAAAUGUAAAGGAUAGCAUUCUAUUUGCUAAUUUAUAGCCAUCAAAUUUAUUAUUGAAUUUUCUUUUGCAAUCAGCUGAAAUUGAGAGAUUAGGCAUUAUCAUAGAUAAAUAUUAUAGUGAAAAUGAAUCAUUACAAAAUUAGGUAAAAGCUUACAAACUAAAAAAUGAACAAAUCAGUCAAUAAUUGCAAUAAUAGCUACUAUUGUAAUCAUAAAUGAAUUAAGAUGAUGAAAUAGAGAAAUUAAAAGAAUAUUAUGAAAAUAAAAUAGUAAUGUUAACGAUGGAAUUGAGCAGAUUGAGAAAAUAAUAAAGUUCUAGUUCUUAUUAAUCAAUACCAAACACUCAAAAAUUACAAACAAGACCGUAUAGCCAAAAUAAUGUUGAUUAAGGUUUAUCCAAAAGAGAAGAGGAUCUAUUGAGUUUAUUUGUAUUAAUGGGAGCUGAAUUAUAAAAUUUAAGGGAUCAAAAUUGUACAUUACUCUUACAAUAACAAGAGAAAGAUGCCAUAAAAGGAUUAUUGACAACAAGUGGAUAUGAAGGUCAAUCGAAAAUAUAAUAAAAAGUCUAUGUUAAUGAGUAAAAAACUAAUUAUGAUAAUUUUUAUCAAAGAGAGUUGAAUAAAGGAUCGACAAGUAAUUCAUACAAGGACUUAUAGAAUACUUAAAUAGUAACUUCAACUUAAUAUAAAGCGAAGACCCUAUAUGACUCGAGGUAAAAUGAAGGUUUCAAUUAAGAUAGAAUAAUAUCUUAGUAAGGUGAUAAUGGUUCGCAAUUAUCUUAUCAAUAUUAAGCUUAAAUUCCUUAUAGAUAUGAGUAAAGUUCUUAAUAGAGUGGAAGUGGCUAUUUAAAAGUUGACAAAUAUGAGUCAUCCAGAUAUGUAAAUUGA